UUGGGCUCCCGCUGCAUGGAGAGUCAUAGCGGCGACAUAGCCGUGAUCGAAGAGGUCAGGCUUGAAAACCCAAAGGAGAGUAGCAGUUCCCAGAAGACUGGGAAGCACGGCCCAGGCCCAGACAAACCCCAUGAGACUUACCGACUGCUGAAACGCAGGAAUCUGAUCAUAGAGGCUGUCACCAACCUCCGCUUAAUCGAGAGCUUAUUCACGAUUCAGAAGAUGAUCAUGGAUCAGGAGAAGCAAGAAGGUGUGUCCACCAAGUGCUGCAAGAAGUCCAUCGUUCGCUUGGUGCGGAACCUGUCCGAGGAAGGCCUCCUGAGGCUGUAUCGGACGACAGUCAUUCAAGAUGGCAUCAAGAAGAAGGUGGAUCUGGUCGUGCACCCGUCCAUGGACCAGAACGACCCUCUCGUGAGAAGUGCCAUCGAGCAGGUUCGUUUCCGGAUGUCCAAUUCAAGCACAGCCAACAGGGUUAAAGCACCCCAGCCUCCAGUGCCUCAAGGGGAAGCUGAAGAAGAAAGUCAAGGAAAAGGGGGCCCAAGAGGAUCAGGAGACUCUCAGCUGAAUGCUUCCUCUAAACCAGAAAGUGGACGGGUGAAAAAGACUGAUGAGAAAAUGGGCAUAACCCAGCUGAAAAACUAUCACCCUGUUGUAGUUCCUGGACUUGGGCGUUCUCUAGGGUUUCUGCCCAAAAUGCCUCGCCUGCGGGUGAUCCACAUGUUUCUGUGGUACCUGAUCUAUGGGCACCCUGCCAGCAACACGGUAGAGAAGCCGGGCUUCAGCAGCGAAAAGAGGACGGGGGCCCCAUCUUCCUCCGGGAGCAACUUGGAGGCCUCCUUCGAUGCCCCACCCAAGGACACCCAAGAUGGAGCCACCCGGGAGGGUGAAGUGGAGCUCUCCACAGAGACCGUGUAUGUGGAUGAAGCCUCGUGGACACGCUACAUCCCUCCCGUCCCAAUCCACAAGGACUUUGGCUUCGGCUGGGCUCUGGUCAGCGACAUUCUUCUCUGCCUGCCCCUCUCCAUCUUCACCCAGAUUGUGCAAGUUAGCUACAAGGUGGACAACCUCGAGGAGUUUCUGAACGACCCUCUGAAGAAGCACACGCUGAUCCGCUUUCUCCCCAGGCCCAUCCGGCAACAGCUUCUGUACAAGAGACGUUACAUUUUCUCGGUGGUGGAGAACCUUCAGAAGCUGUGCUACAUGGGGCUGCUCCAGUUCGGACCCACAGAGAAGUUUCAGGAUAAAGAUCAGGUCUUUAUCUUCUUGAAGAAGAAUGUGGUCAUCGUGGACACCACCACCUGUGACCCCCAUUACAACCUGGCCCAUAGCAGCCGGCCUUUCGAGAGGCGUCUCUACGUCCUGAACUCAAUGCAGGACGUGGAGAACUAUUGGUUCGAUCUGCAGUGCGUCUGCCUCAACACCCCACUAGGCGUGGUACGCUGCCCGCGCAUCCGGAAGAACAGCGGCCCAGAUCAGGGCAGCGAUGAGGAGGGCAUUCUGCAGAAGGAGCAGGAGAGCGCCAUGGACAAGCACACCCUGGAGCGCAAGUGUGCCAUGAUGGAGUACACCGCGGGCAGCCGUGAGGUCGUGGAUGAAGGCUUUAUCCCCGGAGAUGGGCUGGGAGCCGCUGGGCUUGAUUCCAGUUUCUACGGACACCUAAAGCGAAACUGGAUCUGGACCAGCUACAUCAUCGACAAGGCCAAAAAGGAGACCACCGCGUCGGAGAACGGGCUCACGGUGAGGCUGCAGACGUUUCUGUCCAAGCGCCCGUUGCCUCUUGGCGCUGGAGGCAGCAGCAGAUUGACUGUCUGGGGAAAAGCACGAGCAGGAUCGGGGCUCUGUGCUGACAGGGAAGAGCACUUUGAGGUUGACCGCGAGCCCACGCUGGACAGGAACCAGAAAGUGAGGGGUGGGAAAAGCCAGAAGCGCAAGCGGCUGAAGAGGGACCCUGGGGAGAAGAUCAAGAGAAAGAAAAAAGAAGAGCUCCCAGAAGAAAAAAGCAAAAGGCUGCGUUACCACGACGAGGCCGACCAGAGCGCCCUCCAGAGGAUGACCCGGCUGCGCGUCACCUGGUCCCUGCAGGAGGACGGGCUGCUUGUGCUCUGCCGGAUUGCCAGCAACGUCCUCAACACCAAGGUGAAGGGCCCGUUUGUCCCCUGGCAGGUCGUGCGGGACAUUUUACACUCAACCUUGGAAGAGUCUUUGGAUAAAACAUCCCAUUCGGUCGGACGAAGAGCUCGCUACAUAGUCAAAAAUCCACAAGCCUAUCUGAACUAUAAGGUUUGCCUCGCUGAGGUGUACCAGGAUAAGGCGCUUGUUGGAGAUUUCAUGAAUCGAAAAUGCGACUACGGAGACCCAAAGGUUUGUGCCAGCGAGUUUAAAGAAUUUGUGGAGAAGCUUAAAGAGAAGUUCAGUUCAGCCCUGAAGAAUCCUAACCUUGAAAUCCCAGACACACUGAAGGAGCUGUUUGCCAGAUACCGAGUUUUGAUGAUUGGAGAUGAAAAAGACCAAGUCAGGAAAGAGGAUGAACUUAAUAGUGUGGAUGACAUCCACUUCCUGGUGCUCCAGAACCUGAUCCAGAGCACACUGGCCCUCUCGGACAGCCAGAUGGAGAUCUACCAGUCAUUUCAGACGUUUCGCCUCUACCGGGAGUAUAAGGACCACAUCCUGGUGAAGGCCUUUGUGGAGUACCAGAAGAGGAGCUUGGUCAACCGGCGCCGGGUCAACCACAUGCUGGGCCCCAAGAAAAACCGCGCUCUGCCCUUUGCGCCCAUGUCCUACCAGUUGUCCCAGACCUACCACAGGAUUUUCACGUGGCGAUUUCCGAGUACCAUCUGCACAGAAUCAUUCCAGUUCUUCGACAGAAUCCGGGCUGCCGGCAAGUUGGACCAGCCUGAUAAUUUUUCCUUCAAAGACCAGGAUAAUAACGACUCCACGAGUGACCUGGUGGCAUUUUCUUUGGACGGCCCUGGAGGACACUGUGUGGCCGUCCUGACCCUUUUCUCUUUGGGCCUUGUUUCCAUGGACGUCAGGAUCCCAGAGCAGAUCGUUGUGGUGGACAGUUCAAUGGUGGAGAACGAGGUCAUUAAGAGCCUUGGAAAGGAUGGCACCUUGGAAGAGGACGAGGACGAAGAGGAGGACCUGGACGAAGGCUCAGGGGCCAAGCGCCGGAGCAUCGAGGUGAAAGCCCGCCAGGCCUCCCACACCAACUACCUGCUGAUGAAGGGCUGCUGCGCCCCCGGCAUCGUCAGCAACCGCAACCUCAACCCCAGCGACAGCAUCGUGGUGAACUCCUGCCGGGUCAAGCUCCGGCUGCGCUGCACCCCGAAGCCCACCGGGCUCGGGCCCGCCGUCACUUCUCUGGAAGAGCUGAUGGUGGGAACCCCCUGCCUCCCUGACACAUUCACCAGGCUGAUAAACAGCCAGGAGGACACCUGCAGCUUGGAAGAGUUCGCCCACCAUCUGGCGCUAUCUGGGUACAAACCCAGAGAUGUGUCCGCCGCCCUGGAGGUCCAGGGGGCCAUCGCAGCGGCCGGUUGCUUUGGGGUGGACAGGGUGGAGUUGAGCCGAAGGUUCUCCGCCUUGGCGAGGACAGAUGGCGAGCGCUCCCGGACCUUCGCAGACUACGUCCAGGACCUCUUAGAGCAACAGCAGGUGCUGGAAGUCGGCGGCAGCACCGCUCGCCUGGUGUCCGUGGCCUCUGCCGAGCCCUGGCUCCUGCACUCGGUGCGGCUGAAAGACAAAGAGGAGGGCACUGACCCUCAAAGAGAAGAUCCCCAGGCCAGACCCCCCGAGGGGCCUUCCAGCGAGGACGACACCUCUGAGAGGCAGGCACCACCUUCUCAGGGCCCCCUGAGCGCCAAAAGGCGUGCCAGCUGGGCCAGUGCAGAUGUGGACAGCCAGGGCGGGGGGGCCGACCCCGAGAGUGCCCCGGAGCCCCCCACAAAGAGGCCCACACUCCAGGACGUGCGUCGGGCCCCCAGCCUGGGGCCCAGAGCAGAAGAACCAGAAACCCAGGUGCCCGCCCUGCCCACAGCUCCUGAGGCCACAGGCGUAAGGGAGCCUCCCCCCAGAGCAUCGGAAGCCAGGCGGGAGGACCAAGAGGGUGUCGGGGUACCCAGCCCCCCAGGCCAAGAGCAGCUGAGCUGUCAGGUCCAGCUUCCGGAGGGCCCUGAAGACCCCAGAGGUUUGGCGGACGGUUCUGCGGCCGGGGGCCUCUCCCAGGCAGCGUGGGAAAGGGACUGUGAGAGCGUCCGCUUCAUCGGGCGCCCGUGGCGCAUCGUGGACGGCCGCCUGAACACACCUGUGAUCAAGGGCAUGAUGGAGGGUGUGCUGCACCACAUCAUGACCAGGCCCGGCGUGCCCGAGAGCUGCCUGCUACAGCACUACGAGGGCGUCCUGCAGCCCCUCGCUGUGCUCGAGCUGCUCCAGGGCCUGGAAUCCCUCGGCUGCGUUCAGAAGCGCCUGCUGAGAAAGCUUCCGGCCGUCUCGCUCUUCUCUAAGCCAGCGGGCGGAGAGGCAGAGACGCCCCCCAGCCCAGGCGGGAGCCCCAUGGUCUUCUACGAGCCCACACUGGACUGCACGCUCCGCCUGGGCCGCGCCUUCCCCCAUGAGGCCAACUGGAACAAGUGGGUCCACUUCUGAGCCUCCUGCCCCACCGCCAGCCCUGAGGAGAGGGAGUUCUCUCCUGGGGGGCCUACGUGUGCGGUGCAGCCUGGCGAGGUCGGGGCACGGGGGGCCCUGCGUCCCGCCCGCUGCACGGGGACACUGUGUGCCCAGCCAGCCGGCCGGCCCUGCCUGUGGUUCCCGGCCUGGAAUUCUGGAAGGAAGGCCACCCGCCUGCCUGCUCCCGGGCCCUUCCGGGGCUGCCCUGAGGACUGUGCUUUGUCAGCCCGGGGCCUGGGGGAGAGCUCUCCUCCUCGUGUUCCCGAUCUCUCUGGAACCUGGGUAGUGGGGAGCGUCCUCCAAGGGCUUCCGAGGCGAGGCUGCCCAGGCCCCAAGCCUUCUCUACGAACAUCCACUGGCCAGUGAGGGGUCAGGAGCUGGGGCCCGCGGGGGUCUGCCCCAUCCAUGCAGACCUCGCGUUCCAGAUUCCAGCCACCCCGCCGCAGAGGACUCUCCCUGCUCCCUGGAAAGCCCUUGUGGCCUGAGGGGCAGGGCCUCUUGUGGACGUGUCACAGAGCAGGGCUGGGUGCCCCACUGCCGAGGGCCCGGCAUAGACUUGCUCCUCUCCAGGCAGCACCCCUGACCCCUGGGCUGGGGCUGAGCCUGCGACCUGCCUGCAGGCCUCCAGCCUCCUAGGAAUGGGGAGUCCCGGCAGGUUUGGGGUUUGUUUUGUUCUUUCAACCUCUUAUUAAGAAAAAAAAAUCCCCUGGCAUGUAUUUAUAUAUUUUUUAAUUA